AUGCAGAUGCAGCCGUACAUUCUGAGAAAGGGUCACGGUCACGGGAGUAGCAGGGUUGCCCUGAAGUGGAUCGUUCAGCACGAGCGGCUCCUGACCUUUCAGUCGAGCUCUGCUGCGCACCAGGAAGCCGAUGCUGCGAUCUUCGAUUUCCAGCUGACCGAGCCCGAAAUGAAGGCCUUGGAUGGCCUGCAUGGGGCAUCGAUCUACGUGUGCUGCCUUGUUCUGGGUGCCAAGGCGCCUCCGGAAGAUUCUUUUCCCUUCAAGGGCAGAGUGGCUUUGUUCGCCGGAUUUCUGUCUCUUGGAUUCGGUGGACGAUGCUUUCGUCCGGAGGUGUGCACGAGCUUCUGUUGUGCCCUGCAUCUGUCGUUUCUGCACCUCGAUCUCACUGCUGAUGGCAGUAACAAGAAGCUUGUGACCCUGCACUACGUCGUGGAGAUCCUGGCCCGGCUUCCAACCGUUUUCCUAUACAGCGAGUAUCCUGGAGCGGCGACACACCAGCCUGGAGCUUACUUUCCCAAGCGGAAGACGCAACUUCCCGAGGCCAACUUAGCUUUUUCGCUCGUGUCUGUUCCCAUGUUCAUGGUGAACUUCGUGCUUUUCGAUCCAUGCUUCCCCUUCUACCACGUCAACCAGGUCUACUAUUACAUCAAAUACCUGGAAGCUUUGUUCAUGUGGACAUGCAUUCUGGAGGCGAAGGCAGGGAACGAUUUCUUUUUCCCGAGAUUACGAAGAGAUGGCGGAUGGCGGCGCUUUUGGAAGCAGUCCAUGGAACAGAUGGACUGGAAAGACAGCUGGCUUCACUGGCUUGGAUUGUCCAUUACUGGCUACCAGAGCGACGGCACAAGCUGGACCGCUGACGGCACUUGCUGCGAUCACGAGCACCACGUGUUGUUCGUCAGAGCAUAUGCGGCCCCAUGCAAGAUUGCAGUGGCAGUGGCCCAGGACAGACGCUGCCUCACGCCUGCACCAGCCCUGACGGAGCAGCGGGCGCGAAUGAGUGCCGUGGAGGAGGAGGACAUGGACUUGGAGGCCCAGAUCCCUCUGGUCUCCGAGCCCGCUCAGACGCCUCGAGGCGGCCAUCCCAUGCAGCACAUCUCCGGCUUGGAGAACAUCAUUGAGGAUCUUCGCCAGAUAAGCAAGGCCUCCUGUCCAGCUCAACGAAGCCUUCUGACCUUGAUGGUGGUGAAGCAACUUUGGCUCCAGGGCUUGCCUUGGCGUGGCACCUAUGACGAUGGCCAUGGCGGCCAAGUCACGAUCCACGUCAAAGCAGACACCGCCUUGCUGCAAUUGUUUAUCCGAUUGCUAUUCUGGCUCCGAGCUUGCACUCGUAAGAAUGCCACGGGCGGUGGCGUGCCGGCCUCUGCGGGGAAUUUCAGGCAUGCGAUGACUGCGGGAUACCUCUCAAAACAUGCUCGAAUUCGUACUUUCCACCUUCACUCCAGCGCGGAUGGGCAGACUAUUGCUGCAUGGCCACGGCCAGCCAGACAUCCCAACACGGCGGCCAUGGCGGCCCACACCUCACGCAUAGCAGCAAAAGCAAGGUUCCCGGGCCAGUGGCAAGCUGCCCUCGCGCUGCUUUGCAGUAUGCCCCAGCAUGCCUUGCAGCCGAACGUCUUUAGCUUCACAGCUGCCAUCUCUGCCAUGGCUAAGUGCACACGAUGGCAACUUGCGGAAGGGCUCUUUGAAUUAAUGCAGGACAGCCUGGUGUCGAGGAACGUCGUGAGCUUCAACGCUACUUUGAACGCGUAUGCGAGAGCUGGCAAGUGGGACUCGGCGCAGAAGGCCCUGGAGUCGAUGCCUUGCGCCAGAGUUUGCCCAGAUGCUAUAAGCAUAAGUACUGCCAUCAGCGCUUGCAAGCGAGCCGGGAACUGGAAAGCAGCCGUAGGCUUUCUAGCCGCUUCCACUGCGCUUCGUGCGCCUGUCACGACGGUGACCUGCAACGCCCUCCUGAGUGUGUGCGAAUCGGCCUCCCAGUGGCAGAUAGCCAUGGCGCUGGUCAAGAACAUUGGCCGGGAAUCGCUUCAGACGGACGAGAUCACACACAACACUGCUAUCAGCGCUUGUGGUCAAGGUGGCCAGUGGCCCCAAGCUGUUGCCCUCUUCGCAGCUGCCUUGGCCCUCAAACAGACCAGUGCCGCGACCUUCAAUGCCUGCAUGCACGCGCUGCAGCAGAACUCGCAAUGGCAGCGAGCAAUGACCCUUUUUGGAAGGAUGGCCUGCGCUCGGAUAACACCUGACGCUGCUAGCUUUGCGACCAGCAUCAGCUGCUGCCAUCAUUCAGCAGAGUGGCAGCUCGCGAUGCAUCUUCUGAAGCAGAUGUCGUCGGCCAGCGUGGUUCGCAACUCGGUGGUGUGCAAUGCAGCCCUGACGACCUGCGAGAAGGCUGGCGAGCGGAAGAUGGCUUUCAGCCUCUUGAGGGCGUUUCCCAGGCACGGGGUUGUCGCCGACGAGAUAAGCUACAAUGCGACUAUCAGUGCCUGCGCAAAGACAGAUCGCUGGGACAUGGCGCUUCAAGUGCUGGAAGAGAUGCUGAUGGCCAGCAUUCGUCCCAGUGAAGUAAGCAUCACGGCAGCCCUCGCGGCUUUUGAGAUCAGCGGCGAGUGGGAGCAGGCUCUUCAGAUGAUGGACUUCCUGCUCAAGCUGGCGCCAUUGCCAUCUCUGGCCUGUUUCAAUGCCCUGCUCGGCAGCUUCAGCAGGGCUUUGCAGUGGGAGCGCUCUCUGAAGCUGCUUGUGGACGUGGGUGGGGAUGACAUCACCUACCAGACCUCACUUGCUGCAUGCAGCUCGGGCAGCAAGUGGCAGCUCAGUUUGUGCUUGCUACGGGGGAUGCAAGACAUGCAGCUCAUGGGGGAGUCUCUCAGCGUCGCGAAGGACCUGACCGUAGUUGUAAGAGUUUGCGGCUGCGGCUUGCGAAGCGUCGAUGCAGAGGCCCAGGGCACAUCAGGAGCUUGCGGCUGCAGCGAGAGACGCAUGGCCCUGGCCUGCGGCACGGUCUGCACUCUGUAUGCGGCGGAAAAGAAGACGUGGUCGUGUCUGUUUUUGUACUCCUCAUGGAGUGAGAUCGUAGAGGACUUCUGGGCCUCCGAGUGA